AUGUCAAAGCUAUCUCGUUCUAAAGCUGAGCAAAAGCAUACUCAGCUCGAUGCUUCAAGACAGUGUCCGCCAUUUGGAGACGCCUAUUCCGCUCAUGUUCGAGAUCGUCGCGUAACCCUUGAGUUACGCGAUCAAAGAAGCAUUCGGGAACACACCGAUCCACAUGAUCGUGUGGAGAGCGUCUUUCCUCCUCCUCCACCUCCAUUAGAGGACUCUCGCGGUGGCCAGCGCUAUCUAGUUGAGCAGCUGUUGAACCACCGCGACGUGAACGGACGUCGGACGAGUUACCUCGUCCGGUGGCGCGGCUAUCCCCCGUCCUGGGAUACUUGGGAGCCCCGCUCCCAACUAAUGAUCGACGUACAGGGUCUGGUUAAGCAGUACGACGAGGCACAUUCUGUGCCGCAGAAGGACCGCCGGAGAAAGUCUUCCCGGCACGGUCAUAAAGGGAUUUCAGGUUGUCAAUCCCUUCGUACAUCUCAGUAG